CAGCUCAAUCUAAGUGCAAUAAUGAUAAUGAUUCGUUUAUGGCUCACUGGUCUAGGUAGUUGACUUCCAGACGGAGAGGAAAGGCAAUUUGAAGAUCAAGGUUAGUGCAACUAUUCAAGCUUUAGAAGACGUUAGCUAGUGAAUGCUUACCUACGCCGUUAUAACCGAUUUUCAGCCAUUUCACCAAGUCCUCAACUAUUGAUUCUUAUCGUCUCAGGGACCCCAACCAGGGGUAGUCUGCAUCUCCCUACACGACUCAUACCAACAGUGAAGGACUGUUGCUAGAUCUUCGUCUGACAACCUAUAACCCUCUUCCAAAUUGAUGCAACUUCCCCUAGCAUAGCACGUCGAGGUUGGCGGUAAGUUAACUUCUAACCAACCGGUCAGUUUAGUAUCAUUAGCCGUCAUAUGCAAUAAUAGAUGUAUGACUCAUAGUCUACUGCAUAAAUGUGCUCAAUGUCACUCUGGACACUUUGAUAUGAUUUCGAAGUAACUAGCAUCUUAUGGUAUCCACAAGCUCACACAGUAUCAGCUGUAUACCAAUGUAUAUUAUUUAUUAUGAUUGUAGAUUUUCACUGUUCCCCAUCAUGACUGAUACAAACACUAAUUCAUCAACAGAAAAUGAUAAACUUAUUGAAAUGGAUAAGAAAGGAAUACCAAAAGCUGAAUUCAUUGAAGAUGUUGACGCUUAUAUGAAAGCGAAUAAUUUUACAACUUUAAUGGAAGCUGGACGAUCUUUUGAAGAAUUAUAUCAAAAGUAUAAAAUUAUUGAACAAGCUCUAUUACAACGUAAAAUUCGAUUAAUGCAACAAUUACCAGAUAUACAGAAAACAUUGGCUGUUAUCCGUCAACUACAAAAACAAAACACUAAUUUAAAUGUCACUUUUGAAGUAUCCAAUCAACUGUUUGCACAUGCAUAUAUCCCAAAAGCUGAUCGUGUUGGCUUAUGGUUAGGCGCUAAUGUUAUGCUAGAAUAUGAUCUUGAUGAAGCGGAUAAAAUACUCGUUGAAAAUGAACAAUCUGCUCAACAAUCUCUACAAGAUGUGGAUCAGACAUUGGAAUUUCUUAAGAGUCAAACAACCACAGUUGAAGUGAAUUUAGCUCGUCUUCAUAAUUUGUCUGUGAAACGUGGCCGACAACAAAAUCAAAUAUCUGACAAUGGAGGGAAAGCAUAGUUAAUGGUGUAGUAGUAGUGAUAAGAUGCUGCCUGGGAGAAAUUUGAACCAAACUUGUUUGCUGAACAGCUUUGCACAUCUGUGUAUACUUACUGUAUAUAGGUCGUCUCUAUUUCGAUGACAUCAAGUUGGUUGUGUUGCUUUUUCUCUCUCUACCUAUCAUUUAGUUUUGAUUACUGUACAUUCUUCUCCUAUGAGGGGUAAUUAUUAAUCAUUCAUUAUCGUUGUGUUCAGCGUUUACUUCGUCGUCUUCAUCUUCUUGUUCUUUGUGAAUAUGAAUUGUCUUUGUUCUCCGCUUGCUGUCCACAUGAAAUUCUCCACAGACAACACCUAGGGGGA